AUGGCCGCCGCCCUGAGCGCAGCACAUCAGGCAGGGGUGGUGCACCGAGACUUCAAGCCAGAAAACGUUCUAUUGGCCGCCCGGCCACCGCUGGCGGCUUCUAAUCCCGAGUUGUCGGUCCUGCCUUUGGCCAAGCUGGCGGAUUUCGGCACCGCCUUGCGUUUCAGCGACCUGAGCCAAUUGAGCGAGCGCCGAGCCAUUGCCGGCACGUUGGCCUACAUGGCGCCGGAGCAGCUAUCCGGCGAAGACACCGGACCCACCGCCGACUUCUUCGCCCUCGGCAUGGUCUUGCACGAAGCCCGCUACGGUCAGCUGCCCUCCGAUAGCUUUCGAUAUGAACCUCCCGGGGAUGCCCUGGACGGCAUCAUUCUGCGAUGCCUAAAACACGAUCCGAAGCAGCGAUUCACCACGGCCGACGCAUUGCUCGCGGCCGUCCGCGGCCUGUCGUCCCGUGAAGCUUGA